AUGUUAUUUUUCAAUUUGAUCUACCUGACAAUAGGUAUAUCAUUAGUAUUGAUGUUCAUGAAAGAGGGCGUAUACAUGCCAUCCACUCCCGCACUUUGUCUUACUCAUCAAAUGGUCGACCGUGGAGUUUGGUAUGGAGCUGUAUUUACAAUGAUUUGGCUGUGUAUCGAACGACAUAUCCUAAUCUUUUGCUCCAACUGGAUCCGAACUGCACGUGGGCAAUGGGUAUUUCAUUAUAUCCCAUUAGCUAUUUUUUCUCUGUAUGCGCCAUGUUUUUAUUUCUACAUGAUUUUCAUUUAUCCAUGUGAGCAUAUAUAUGAUUAUCAUGUUACUUUAUGUGGUGGCCCUUGGUACUCGUGUUCGUUGUCAGCAUCAUUUCGUUUGUAUUUAACUUUUGGCCAUAACUUCAUGCCAUUCCCAAUCAUUUUCAUUGUCAGCAGCAGCUUUCUACUUCGAGUCUUGAUCCAAAAGCACCGUUUGAAACGUGGUAAUAUGUGGAAAAAGAAUCGAAAAAUGAUUUUACAAUUUGUCUUUAUUUCUACGACCUAUAUCAGCUUUGCUCUACCUUUCACGAUGGUGAAUAUUACACGAAGAGUAAAUGGUUAUGAUGUCGAUCCGAAUGUGCGGACACUCUUUGAUCGGAUGGCCAAUGUGCCAGCAAUAGUUUUACCUUAUGCCACCGCUAUAACAUUACCUCAUGUGAAACAGAAACUUAAAAUGUUAAUCUGGUGGAAACGCACACGAACGGCUAUCAAUCCUUUAUCGUGA